GACAGCUAGCAGAAGCUCGACAGUGUGCAGUCCGAAGACACACGAGUCCUUUUAAUCUGACCUUCCGAAACAUCAGAUACUGGCUCGUUAUCGCUUAUUCUUAACCUCAUACGAUGAAAUGGUCUUCUUAUCUAAGGAACUACAACCAAAUAGCUCGCUCUAUCUUCUCUCCUGCUGACUAUUAGCCGUCAUUACACAGUCAAUGUUAUUAAGAGCGUUUGAGCUCGCGUUAGUGCGCGCCCGUGCAGCUCAUUUCUCUUUCAGUAGAGCACUAGAGGUGGACGCUCCGUCAGUCUGUUUACUGUGGGAACACUAAGGACGCCUUAAAUAAAGCCUUUAUCUUCAUAACCGACCCACAGUGACACGCCGAACGAUGUUCGAAACCAGAGGAAUCCCCUUUAUGUUGCUUGACAUCGCGUGCCUAAUACUCGCCGGCCUCCCACUUGCAGCAUUUAACCUGGGUAAAAUCAAACCGUAUCAGCGGGGCUUUUUCUGUAAUGAUGAGAGCAUCAGCUAUCCCUUCCACACCAGCACAGUCACCUCCACUGUGCUCUACACAGUGGGCUUCACACUUCCCAUAUGUAGUAUGAUCAUAGGGGAGUGCCUUUCAGUCUAUCUAAACCGCAUCAAAUCAAAGUCUUUCUGCAACAGUUAUGUGGCCUGUAUCUAUAAGGCCAUUGGCACCUUUGUGUUUGGUGCCGCCAUGAGCCAAUCACUCACUGACAUUGCCAAGUAUUCCAUUGGCCGGCUGCGGCCACACUUCCUGGAUGUGUGCAAACCGGACUGGACGCAGAUCAACUGCACAGGAGGGGCUUAUAUCGAGGACUUCGUCUGUACUGGGGACUCAACCAAGGUCAAUGAGGGAAGACUCUCGUUCUACUCGGGUCACUCCUCUUUUUCCAUGUACUGCAUGUUGUUCCUGGCACUUUAUCUUCAAGCAAGAAUGCAAGCUGAGUGGGCACGGCUCCUUCGACCCACGCUCCAGUUCUUCCUGAUCGCCGCCUCCGUCUAUACGGGACUGUCCCGUGUCUCAGACUACAAACACCACUGGAGUGAUGUACUCACAGGCCUCAUACAAGGAGCUAUCGUGGCUUUACUAGUGGUUUUCUGUGUGUCGGAUUUCUUCAAAAAGAAAGUUGAACCUCAGAAAGAGGCUGAGAUCCCACAUACUACCUUACAAGAAACACCUACAAAUGGAAAUCAUUACGAGAACCCAAACUAAGCUAUCAGGAACCUCUGACGAUGGGAAGGGGUUUCAGCAUGCACCCACUAUGAGGGCAGACCACUAGGGUGGAAACCUGUGAAUGUAACCUUGCUUUCUAUGUUCUCCAGAUACCCCUUUCUGGGGGUCUCUUUAUGGACGUUGUCCCACGUUGCCUUGGCUGGACUGCUUCUGCUGCUACCACAGCUUCCUGUGUAUCUCCAAAAACUAAUAAGUGUACCUCUAUUAUGCCACAAAAGAAAAACCUUUUUUUAUCUGUAUGAAAAAAAAUCACUAUACAAACUUUUUUUUAUUAAAAUUGUUAAAACUGUAUGUACAAUAUGUUGCGCUUUUAUGAUGAAAACAAGAACCCAUUAUGCUCGUUGACGAACACAAAUAAAACAAUUAUGUUCCAUGUAAAUUCUGUUCUUCAGUGUUUUGAUGCAAAAUGACCAAUGCCUUCAAAAAACCCUAUCAAAAGCAAGCGCUCAAAAAAACAAAAACAACUCAGGAUUCACAGGUAAAGACUGGCAGCAAACACGAUAUCCCUCUUAAUCUUCGUUAUACCUGUGAAAAACAAGAAAAUGUCUCAUUUUAAAACGAAAUCUAUAGCCAUCCUCAAAACACUGACGUAAGUGCAAACUGGAAAGGCAGUGUCAAAGUGUGGUUUAAAAUAAAGCUCUGUUCCAAAAUCUAGUGUGCUACCUAGUUAGACAGCAUGUUAAGGAGUCAUAGACAUGCUACACGACACUUCAGGCUGUUCCAUAAAUUAUAAUACCUUAUUUUGGCUUAAGUUCCCAUACUAUUCCCUGCAUUAGCUGCCAACAGCUGUCUAUGGAAUGGCAAUGGGCAUUUUUAACUGUUACAUCAUGACGUUCUACUGUAACCGUCUAAUAUGGUAGAAUAGCUGAUUUAGCUUUUUUUUACGCGACAGAUUAGAUAACCAUAAAACAUAACAUUUACUUAUGUGGCAUUUUAACUGUAUCUGUAUAUCAUUUAAUGCCAAAAGCAACACCUUUUUUGUACUUUGUCAAAUGAUUAAAUGAUCCAUUAUGUGCUCUUUA